AUGAAAGCUAUAAUACGUGAUCACCAAGAAAAUAGAAAUGACACUAACCACGACAGUCCCAUAGAAGCUGGUGAUAAUAGAAGCACGUCCAUAUCGCCCGUUUAUUCAAUGCCUGAUGAAGAUAGAUACCAACUAACUCAAGAACCCGAGCAAAGACGUAGCGACAAUGCAGAAAUGACUCCAGAUAUAGACAUUAUUGACUUGACUAAUAUUGAAGAUGAGGAAAAUUUCAAUAAUAAAGACACAAAUACCCAAACAGGAUUAGAAUAUAAUAUUGAAGUUGAAAUACAUAGAGGUAUAUCCAAGUUAUCUUUGCAAGAUAUUGAACGUAGUUUGGAGGAUAAAACUGAAGAUACACAAUGUUCGCAAAGUAUAUUAAACAAUUUUGAAAAUAUUGAUUAUGUUCAGCAGAAUAAAAUAAAUAGUAUUAUAACUGAACCGACUGUUUCUGCAAGAGUUCUAAGCAAUAUCAAUAAACCUAACAACGUAUUCCAGACUAGUCACUUGUGCAAAAGUGUAUCUGCUAAUAAAAACAAAAAUAAUAAGAAAUCCCGUAUUAAAAUAAAGAAAGGGACAGUUCCAGAAAGACCCAAAACUGUUUGCAAAACAAAAGAUAAUUUGACUAAGACCACAGCUGCCGUUGAAACUGGCGUAGAAGGCGUCAAAGUUUAUGUUUUAAAUAAUAAGAAAUCAAACUCAAACAAAUGUUCCAUCACAAACAAUUUUGAAAGUCAAAGACAAACUUGUCAAGACACCAAAAGGACUUGUACUAUAAAUACUUUGAAUCAAAAUGAACACGUAACCCAAACUCCCCAAAAUAAAGUAGAUAAGUCAAUUCGUAGCUCCGAAGUAACUUUAUCAGACUGUAUUACUCCAACCAAUUCAUACCACGAACUAACAAAAAGCAGCUAUUUAACUACCUGUGAUAACAACCCGAAGGCAUACAUUAAUACACAAAAUGCACCAAAUUCAAAAGCCAUUCUUCAUUCAUUCAAAUCUGUAGCUUCUAAAAAGAUAAGAACACAUCGCAAAAAGAAAGAUACCGUUAUUGCCAAAAAUACACCUACACUGAAAAUAAAAAAUAAAAAAGAGAUCAUAACAUCAUCUGAUUCAGAGCAAAACAAGAAUGUACCAAUUUAUAAUGAAAACGUUAUCGAUGAUCUAUCGUGGAUAGAAAAUAUAAGGUACGUCAGGGAAAUUGCUGCAGACGAAAGCGACUGUAAACUGCAAUUAGAAGAUGAUUUUUGGGACAAUUAUUAUUUGCCCGCCAACUGGGGUGACAACCAAUUUGCGUAA